AUGGCUUCACACGAUCGACCCACGCCGCUUGAUAGUGAGGUUCCUGGGGGUUGGCCAUUGAGAGGACCAAGUUACGCAGAUGAGGGAAGCCACUAUGAGUCUGCUGGAACUACACAUCAUCGCCAAACCGAAGACAGCCCUACCAACAUCCAGAUUUUCAGUGCUGGAGGUGCAAGCGGAGUGCUGAGACCAGAAUCUCGAGACCAAGUACACCCUGAAGUUACGCACGGACGAGGAAUCGAAGAACCCGCAUCGCCUGUUUCUGCUAGCUCUGGAGAGGAUGAGAAGGACCUUGAAAGUAGAGGUUCCGAUACCAAGUAUUCUCCGGUGAAGUCAGCAGAGGAGCGACCGUUACGACUUUCGGAGAGGCCUGGCAAGAGAGAACUGACCGAUGAAGAUCUGAUUCGACACCUGUCGAGGCGUAUCACCGGCAACGGCGAAGAUGGUGACCUCAGCCGCGCGACGACCGAAGCUGAUGCUGAGGAGCAAGCGGAAAUUAAUCGUCUCAUGUCUAGGAUGUUUGGCCGCACUCGACAAGAACACUCGGAAGAAGAGAAGACCAGACAUGUCGGUGUCGUAUUCAAACAUCUUACUGUGAGAGGUAUGGGCCUCGGAGCGGCAUUGCAACCUACAUUCGGAGAUCCAUUCCUCGCUCUUCCCCGCCUUAUUGGAGGUCUUUUCACCAGAGGGAGGAAGACUGUUGGCAAGCCGCCAAUCAAGACAAUCAUCAACGAUUUCUCUGGAGUCAUUCGUCCGGGCGAGAUGUGCCUGGUGCUUGGACGCCCAGGAAGUGGUUGCAGCACGUUUCUCAAAGUUAUCGGUAACCAGCGUUUCGGAUACGAGUCGAUCGAUGGCGAUGUGAUGUAUGGAGGUACCGAUGCUAAGACCAUGCUGAAGAAAUACCGAGGAGAGGUGCUCUACAACCCAGAAGACGACUUGCACUACGCAACGCUUUCAGUCCAAUCAACUCUGAGGUUCGCUCUGCAAUGCAAAACACCCGGACAAGAAAGCAGAAACCAAGGCGAAAGCGCAGCGGCAUAUGUCAACAACUUCCUUCAGGCUGUUGUCAAGCUCUUCUGGAUUGAACAUACCCUUGGAACAAAGGUAGGAAACGAAUAUGUCCGUGGAGUCUCGGGAGGCGAGAAGAAGAGAGUCUCGAUCGCCGAGGCCAUGAUCACGAAAGCAUCGACUCAAUGUUGGGAUAACAGCACCCGGGGUCUCGACGCCAGCACGGCAUUGGAGUAUGUCAGCGCUCUUCGUAGCCUGACGAAUAUGGCCCAAAUAUCGACAGCAGUGGCCCUGUACCAGGCAGGAGAGAAUCUGUACAGACAAUUCGACAAAGUGCUGCUCAUCGACGGAGGCCGAUGCGCUUACUACGGCAGCGCAGACGAAGCCGUCACGUACUUCAAAGAGCUUGGAUUUCUGCAGCCUCCGCGAUGGACCUCGGCGGAUUUCUUGACUUCUGUGACGGAUCCACACGAGCGGCACGUGAAGGAAGGGUGGGAAAGGCGGAUUCCGCGAACAGCGGAUGAGCUUGGAGAUAUGUUUCUCAAGAGCGAACAGCAUCAGAGGAACUUGGAAGAGAUUGCGGACUUUGAGCGUGAGGCGCGUGCACAGAUCGAAGAGCGAGAGCAGCAGCAGGGCAAGGCGACGAAGAGGAAGAAUUACACGAUUCCGUUCCACAGACAAGUCUGGGCCUGCACGAAGCGACAGUUUCUCGUGAUGGUUGGGGAUAAGCAAUCAUUGGGAGGGAAAUGGGGCGGUAUCUUGUUCCAGGCGCUUAUUGUGGGCAGUCUGUUUUACGAUCUCCAACCGACGAGCUCUGGCGUAUUCCCCAGAGGAGGUGUACUCUUCUUCAUGCUGCUCUUCAAUGCUCUCCUGGCCCUCGCGGAACUGACGGCUGCCUUCGAAUCCCGGCCGAUCCUUCUGAAGCAUAAAUCAUUCCAGUUCUACCGGCCGGCCGCGUUCGCAAUCGCUCAAACUGUCGUGGACGUCCCCCUCGUUCUGGUACAAGUCCUCAUUUUCGACAUUGUGGUCUACUUCAUGUCGAACCUCGCUCGGACGGCCUCGCAAUUCUUCAUCAGCUUGCUCCUGCUGUUCCUGCUGACAAUGACCAUGUACGCAUUCUUCCGUGCUAUCGGCGCUCUGUCUGGAAGUCUAGACGGAGCAGCCAGAAUCACAGGAGUUGCUAUCCAAGCGCUCAUUGUGUACACCGGCUACCUGAUCCCACCGAGCAAGAUGCACCCCUGGUUUUCUUGGCUGAGAUGGAUCAAUCCAAUUCAAUACGGCUUCGAAUGCCUCAUGUCGAACGAGUUCUACAAUCUGGAAAUCCAGUGCGUUUCACCAAACCUGGUGCCGGUGGGCCCUGGUGCGACUCCUGAACAUCAAGGCUGUACGAUUCAAGGUAGCACUCCCGGUUCCGCAGUCGUGCAAGGGGCGGAAUACAUUCAGGUUGCGUACCAAUACAGUCGGAGUCACUUGUGGCGAAAUGUGGGCUUCAUCUGUGCCUUCUUCGUCUUCUUCGUUGCUUUGACGGCUUUUGGCAUGGAGAUCCAGAAGCCGAAUAAGGGCGGUGGAGCGGUGACGAUCUAUAAGAGGGGACAGGCACCCAAGUCCGUGGAGUCUGCUAUGCAGAGUGGAGGAGAGACGGAUGAUGUUGAAAAGAACACUCCCUAUACCGCAACGGAUGCUGUACCGUCAGACGCUGAUAGUUCAAACGAGAAGCUGGAGAGGGACAGGAGUAGCUCAGAGGGCGUGGAAACCGUGGCUAAGAAUGAGACGGUCUUCACUUGGCAGAAGGUCAACUACACGAUCCCUUACCAGGGCAACGAGAGGAAACUCCUCCAGGACGUUCAGGGCUAUGUCCGGCCGGGCAAAUUGACGGCUCUCAUGGGAGCUAGCGGUGCAGGUAUGUCGUCCUGGCUUGCAGUGCAGUUUGGUGCAGGGUACUGAUGGAGAACAGGUAAAACCACUCUUCUCAACACGCUUGCGCAGCGCAUCACCUUUGGCCGUGUCGAAGGUGACUUCCUCGUCGACGGCAGACCUUUGCCACGCUCGUUCCAGCGCUGUGCCGGCUUCGCAGAGCAGAUGGACGUCCACGAGUCCACAGCAACCGUAAGGGAAGCACUGCGCUUCAGCGCAAAACUCCGCCAACCCCGUGAGGUACCGCUCAGAGAGAAGUAUGAAUACUGUGAGACAAUCCUGCAACUCCUGGAAAUGGAAAAUAUCGCGGGCGCGACGAUUGGGACUGUCGGCAGUGGUCUGAAUCAGGAACAGCGCAAGCGACUCACGAUAGGCGUUGAGCUGGCCUCGAAGCCAGAAUUGUUAAUGUUUCUCGACGAGCCAACUUCGGGGCUCGAUUCUGGAGCGGCGUUCAAUAUCGUGAGAUUCCUGCGGAAGCUGGCUGAUGCUGGGCAAGCGAUUCUGUGUACCAUCCAUCAGCCCUCGGCCGUUCUGUUCGAGCAGUUUGAUGAACUCAUUCUGUUGAAGUCGGGUAGGUGAAGUUGAUGCAGUGCACUAGCAAUCCGCCCUAGCUAAUUGGAAUCAGGCGGCCGUGUCGUAUAUCACGGAGAAUUGGGAAAUGACUCCCGCAGAAUGCUGGACUAUUUUGAAGGCAACGGAGCAAAGAAAUGUCCUCCCCAAGCCAACCCGGCCGAAUACAUGCUCGAAGCAAUCGGUAGCGGCAACCCCGAUUACAACGGCCCAGACUGGGGCGAUACCUGGGCGGCAUCAGCAGAAAAGCAGGCCCGCACAGAGGAGAUCCAGUCCAUGAGUGAGCAGAGACGAAACGCGCCGGUGUCCGACAACCUCAAAGAUCAACGAGAAUACGCCAUGCCCAUCUGGACACAGGUCUCUUCGACGACGUACCGAAAUUUUGUGGCAUACUGGCGCAGUCCAGAGUAUCUGAUCGGCAAGUUCAUGCUGCAUAUCUUCACCGGUCUCUUCAACACGUUCACCUUCUGGCAUCUGGGCAAUUCGCAGAUCGAUAUGCAGUCGCGCCUGUUUUCGAUCUUCAUGACGCUGACCAUCUCUCCGCCUCUGAUCCAACAGCUGCAGCCACGGUUCUUGAAUCUGAGAAAUAUCUACCAGUCCCGCGAGAGGAAUUCCAAAAUCUACAGCUGGGUGGCGUUCACGACCGCAGCUGUGGUACCCGAGCUGCCGUGGUCUUUCCUCGCCGGAACAAUGUAUUGGUGCUGCUGGUACUGGGCCACCUGGUUCCCCCGAGGCACCUCUGCCUCCGCUUCCAUGUGGCUGUUCAUCGCGCUCUUCGAAGUCUACUACGUCAGCUUCGGCCAAGCCAUCGCCUCCUUCGCCCCCAACGAACUGCUGGCCUCCAUCCUCGUGCCCCUCUUCUUCCUCUUCGUCGUCUCCUUCUGCGGCGUCGUCGUCCCCUACGCCGGCCUGCCCUACUUCUGGAGGUCCUGGAUGUACUGGCUCACCCCCUUCCACUACCUGCUGGAAGGCAUGCUCGCCCUCGUCACGCACGGAAUUCCCGUUCGCUGCGACGCGAGCGAACUCGCGCAAUUCUCGCCGCCCGCGGGUCAGACCUGCGACGCCUACGCUGGGGCGUACGCCAACCGGACCGGCGGCUACGUCACGUCUUUGGAGGAUGGGAGGUGUGGGUUCUGUCAGUAUGCGACUGGAGAUGCGUUCGCUGCGACUUUCAAUGCGUUUUCCGCGCAUGUCUGGAGGGAUUACGGUAUCUUUUGGGGGUUUUGUAUUUUCAAUUUUGUGGUUGUGUUCUUGGCGAGUUAUCUGUAUUUGGGUGGUGGGAGGAAAUUGUUGAGGGGGUUGAAGAGGAAGCAGUGA